AUGCAGUCACUAUCGCCCAGGCUCAUUUCGCAUCGGUCUUUGACGGCAACGUUGCGGAGGCAGGUCCGCCUGCACUCUUCGCUGUCAAGGACACCCUUCGCGGCUCGAUGCCAUCACUCCCCACGACCCUCUUUCACCCCCUUCAGACGGUACGAGUCUUCUCUGACGGUGCCGGAAACCACUCCUCGAAAGCCGGUAUCGGAAGACCAGCCUUCCUACCAGUUGAGCUUCACGUGCAAACCUUGCCUGUACCGCUCUUCGCACAGAGUUACCAAGCACGGCUAUCACCACGGCACGGUGCUGAUCACCUGUCCUUCCUGCAAAGCUCGUCACGUCAUCGCCGACCACCUCAAGGUAUUUCUGGACUCGCGGCAGACACUAGAGGACAUCUUGAGGGAAAAGGCCGAGAAGGGCGAGGAUUUCACCAAGUUGCUGAAAAAAGGACAACUGGGUAUCCGACCAGGCUCUGUGGUCGGAAAUGAGGGGGAAGAAGAUAUCGAAUUUUGGGAAGACGGCACUGAGACUGUCCACACACCUCUGGAUGGAGGAAAAGCCAGUCCGCAAGGAUCUGAUGCCAGUUGA